AUAUACGUAUUUUGUUUCCAGGUGACAAUGGAAUGUCCGCUGUCAGCUGACCGACAGUGCCGACACAACUCAUAGCCCGUAUUGGACUACAACACUCAACACAUCGUGACCAUUAUCUCAAAUGUCACCAGGUACACGCGGGGCGUGUCUACGUCACAUGUCUCCAUUUGCAUAUAGUCGAGCGCCUGCUGUACAAGACUAGUAGAUAAAAGGACAUACUAAACGAUCUGAGUGUUACGACACGGAAAUCAACAUGGCGGUUACGAAGACGGUCGUCGUGCUGGUGCUGUGUAUGAUUUCCUUAUUCGUUUCAGGAAUUGUUACCGCUCCCGAUCCGUCAGUCGUUACAACGAAUACUGAUUUGGCCACUACCGACAUCACACCGGAAGCAACAACUGAUGACGCAACGGACAUCACUACUAUUGAACAGAAAACCACUGCUGCUCCUCCUCCGGUCACUACAAAACAGAAAACCACUGAUGCGCCCCCAGUCACUACAAAACCGAACACCACUGCUGCUCCGGUCACUACAAAACAGAACACCACUGCUGCGCCCCCAGUCACUACAAAACAGAACACCACUGCUGCUCCGGUCACUACAAAACAGAACACCACUGCUGCUCCGGUCACUACAAAACAGAAAACUGCUGCGCCCCCAGUCACUACAAAACAGAACACCACUGCUGCUCCGGUCACUACAAAACAGAAAACUGCUGCGCCCCCAGUCACUACAAAACAGAAAACCACUGCUGCUCCGGUCACUACAAAACCGAAAACUGCUGCGCCCCCAGUCACUACAAAACAGAACCCCACUGCUGCUCCGGUCACUACAAAACAGAAAACUGCUGCGCCCCCAGUCACUACAAAACAGAAAACCACUGCUGCUCCUCCUCCGGGCACUACAAAACCAACAAAUUCUGCUCCACUUUCACGCCCUACGGCUGCCAAGAACACCUCGUAUUCACAAACCACUGAUGCACCGACCCGAGAAGCACUCACGACAGAUUCAGUUUCAGACGAUGGGGGCGGUAUGCCAGCCAGUACAAUCAUAGCAGUUAUCGUGGUGGUGUUGCUGCUUGUUCUGGUGGCCGCUGGUGGCGUCAUGGUAUAUUUACGGAAAAGGAAAUACAUUGAGAGGUAUGGCAGACUUCGUGAUGAGGACUACGGUUCCUGGUCGAAGUUUUCAUUAAAGAACCCUGUCUACGAAUCUCAGUGGGACACAUAGGCGAAUGGAAGAUCCAGCACCGAUGAAAAUGACAUGAAUAGCUGAGUGUACGGUGCUACAAGACUGAAAUAUGAGUGCAAACACGCCAUGUCAGUGUUUUUAAACCCAUGUUUACGCGGAAAAUAAUUCAGAUUGUUUUUGGAGAUGAUCCACAUUUUUACUAAUGCUCAUUUCUUCGUAAUUUGCAAUUUGGCAUACCCAUAAUUUAUUGCGUGGCGUACUUCGCUGAAACACGCACUGAAAGUCGUCGCCAGGCAAUCUCCAGCCACAGUGAUAGAGGGACUGUGCUCCAGCAUAUGAUUCUUGACGCCACCCACGUGUCUUAAAUUUAUGUGAAGAGACAUAUUACCGACGAGGGCGCUUUUCAUAUUUGAGCAACCUGGGCAGCAACAAUCUUCUCACUUCUCAUAAUCUCAUCAUUGUUAUACCAGACACCAGAGUACGAGUGAUAUACUUACGAGUUGUCUUGUUUUUUUUAACGAAAUCAGUGCAUUGGAGUAGAGUUUAGUUUGAAUUUAAAUUAUCGAGAAUAGCAAAGCCUAUGUCCUCUGCCAGCCAGUGGCAUAGCAAAAUUACAUACGAAAUAAGUGUGGAUAUGCAAGUCGAAUCGCCAAUCUCCAAAUUAUCAUAUUGACGUUCAAUUGAUCUAUGGCAGUUACCAAUGGGUAUAUCUUUCAAAUUUACUGAAACGUUGCCUUAAUCUUAGCCUGUUCCCAUGGAUACCUUUGAUCAGGCUUUGCACAAAGAUGUAAAUUUCCCCCUGUGUUUGACUUCAUCUUCUAAUCGUAAUUAUUGUAUAUUGAUUGCUCAAUAACAAAAUACGAGAUGUACGUGUUUUUUUUAAUGUUUGGUGGUUACGUAAUGUAUAUAAGUGUAUGCGUUUUACUGGUCACGUGAUCUUAGUCAUGACGUAAGCCAUGUGUUAUAUAUAAGUAAUACUGUGUAUGUUUGUAAGCUGCCCAGUCCAUCACGUGAUAGAUAUAUUGAUUUGAUAAGUCUACGUACGUAUUUUACUAAAAAAAAUUCUUUGUAUUUACAU